CACAAAUUGGCCAUACGUUGCUAGAAUCGCAGUGUUUACGAUCUGUAGCUGUGGCAACUUUAAAAUCCUCUGGUUUUACUCACUAAACUCGUUUUUUGGCUAAAGAUUAACAUCGUUAUGUUUCCCCUCAGCCUCAUACAGCGCUUAUAUGAAGUGUGUGGAUGGACCCGGUGAAUCUGAGGAGACUCUGAGGUUUGUUGUGGGGGUUUGGUGAAAGAUCAAGACCCUAAAUGUCCCAAGUCAUCGCCCUCACUGCACUAGUGAUCACCGUGUCCGCAGGGGCUUCAGGGUUUGGGGAGCCUGUUCAGAGCUGCCGGAAAGAUCAGAGUCCACUAACUAAUUCUGGACCCAAGUGGACCUGCAGUGCUCAACCUCCCCUUAAAAUUACAGCCUACAGACUGUUAGAUUCUCUGCCCCUUGAUGAAGUGAAGGACAACUUUGUUCGCACUGUGAAGAGAUGUAUAUUUUCCCAGUCUCAGCCCACUCCGCUCAAGGGGGCACUACAUCUUGCUGCCAUAUCAAAGGAUGUGUCGGAGGAUAUUUUGGACCUGGAUGAGUCUGUGGUGCAUAGUGAAGAUUUUGUUCAGUUCCUCAGUGGAGGGAGGCUUUUUCCUGGCUCUAUUCCACUGGCUCACAGAUACGGAGGCCAUCAGGUAGCCUUUUACACAGUAACCUUUUGGCCACUGGGCAGGACAGCUAGGAGAUGGCAGAGCACAUCUUCUGGGAAAGGUGAGAGAUGGGAGCUCCAGCUGAAAGGCUCAGGAAAGACACCAUACUCAAGGUUUGGAGAUGGGCGUGCUGUGCUCCGCUCGUCAGUUAGGGAGUUCCUGUGCAGUGAGGCAAUGCACUUCCUUAAUGUUCCCACCAGCAGAGCAUUGAGCCUCGUAGUGAGUGAGGAGCCCGUGUGGAGGGAUCAGUUUUAUAACGGCAGUGUGAAGAGAGAGAGAGGAGCUGUUGUGCUUCGUCUGGCUCCGUCAUGGUUCCGGAUUGGUUCUCUGGAGAUUUUAGCCAAAGCUGGAGAGUUGGAUAUUCUGAGGACGCUGCUAAACUUUGUAAUUGCACAGCAUUUUGCAGCUGUCAAACCAAAUGACCCUAAUAAGUAUGUGGCCUUUUUCUCAUGUGUGGUGAAUGAAACAGCACACAUGAUCGCCAAGUGGAUGUCUGUUGGUUUUGCGCAUGGAGUGUGCAACACGGACAACUUCAGUCUUUUGUCCAUCACCAUUGAUUAUGGCCCUUUUGGAUUUAUGGAGUCGUAUAACCCGAACUUUGUGCCCAACUCGUCUGAUGAUGAAGGCCGGUACAGUAUAGGAGCCCAAGCUAACGCGGGCCUGUUUAAUCUCCAGAAGCUUCUAGAAGCUCUUCAUCCGAUGCUGUCACCAGAUCAGAGAGAACAGGCUGAACAAAUACUGAGGGAAUAUCCACAGAUCUACCACAGAAGGUUUCAUGAGCUGUUCAAAGGAAAGUUAGGCCUCCUUGGAGAUGAAGAUGAUGGUGCAUAUCUGAUCGCAUUUCUGCUAAAGCUAAUGGAGGACACAGGUGCAGAUUUCACCAUGACCUUCAGGCAGCUGAGUGAAGUGACUCUACUUCAGCUCCAGAACAACUCCAUCACUCAGGCGAUGUGGGCUCUCUGGGACCUUUCCUCUCAUGAGUAUUUCUCAGACUGGGUCAGUUUGUAUUUGCAGAGGCUUCGAAGUCAGCGUGGUGAUUCAGAUGAACAUCGACAGCGCAGGAUGAGAGCUGUUAAUCCACGAUACGUGUUACGGAACUGGAUGGCAGAGUCUGCUAUUAUGAAAGCAGAGAAAAACGACUUCUCUGAGGUGGAGCUGUUGCAGCAGAUUCUGACUGAGCCCUUCGUGAAGCAGGAGCGGGCAGAGAGUGCAGGAUACUCCAGCAGACCUCCAGCAUGGGCUUCACAACUGAGGGUCAGCUGUUCUUCCUGACCUAUCCUACUACACACACACUAAUCAUCUAGUGCUGCUAAAGAGCUUUACUAGACUUUUUAUAAGAGGAAGACACAGUUCUCUGGUUGUAGUUUAAAUAGAGUUGCUCAUGAUGCUCAAUGUGGCACUGGUGUUAUGGGACAUCCCACCUUCCAGUCAUAUACUUACAUUGACACAAGAGCAGAUGUUCUUACGACAUCUUACUGGUCCUUACUGACUAAUCUUACCAGUUUCCUUAUACCAAGAUAUUAUCGGAUUAAAACAGAAACAGCUGUAAAGAUUGCUGAAACAUUUGUAAGGAAAGUUGAAACUGUAUAAACAGCUCAAAGGAAAGUUAAGUCCAAAGAAACAUCCGUAAAGAAGACUAAAAUCAUAGUAGCAGCCGUAAAGAAGGUUGAAACCAUAGGAACAGCUGUAAAGAAGACUGAAAUGCUAGAGACAGUCAUAAGGAAAGCUGAAACCAUAUAAACAACUGUAAAGAAAGUUGGAUCCAUAGAAACAGUCAUGAAAUAGAACCAAUACAACCAUAUAAAAGCAAUAAAGCAGGACUACAUCAUAGAAACAGUCCAAAAAAGCACUUAAUCUGUAGAAACAGCCGUAAGGACUCUUGAAACCAUAGAAACACCAUUAAGAACUCGGAAACUAUAGAAACAUGUUGAGAAGGUUGAAACCAUUGAAACAGCUGUUAAGAUCCCUGAAACUAUAGAAAGAGCCAUAAGGAAGCUUGAAAUCAUAGAAACAGCCAUAAGGAAGGAUUGAACUAUAGAAAUGGUCAAAAAAGCAUUGAAUCUGUAGAAACAGCCAUAGGGAAUGUUGGAACCAUAGAAACAGUCAUAAAUAAGGUUGAAACCGUAAAAACAGCCGUAAAGAACACUGAAACUGUAGAAAUGGCUGUACAGAAGACUAAAAUCAUAGAAGCAGUCAUAGAGAAGGUUAAAACCAUAGGAUCAGCUGGAAAGAAGGUUGAAACCAUAGAAACAGUCAUAAAGACGACUGUAAUGCUAGACAUAAGGAAAGCUGAAACCAUACAAACAUCUGUAAAGAAAGUUGAAUCCAUAGAAACAGCCGUAAAAUAGACCACAACCAGUCCAAAAAAACGCUUAAUCUGUAGCAACACCUAUAUGGAAUGUUGAAACCACAGAAACAGUCGUAAAAUAAGGUUAAAACCAUAGUAACACCAUGAAGAACACUGAAACUAUAGAAACAGACCUAAAGAAGGUUGAUACCUUCGUGUGAAACAGCCGUAAAGAACACUGACACUAUAGAAAGAGCUAUAAAGAAGGUUGAAAUCAUAGAAACAGCAGUGAGGAAGGCUGAAACCAUAGAAACAAAUGCAAAAAAGGAUGAAACCACCGGAACAGCCGUAAAGAAAGUUGAAACCGUAGAAACAGCCAUAAGGAACGUCGGAAUCAUAGAAACAGUCAUAAAUAAGAUUGAAACCAUAGAAACAGCUGUAAAGAACAGUGAAGCUAUAGAAACAGCCAUGAAGAACACUGAAAUUAUAGAAACAGACGUAAAGAAGACUGAAACUGUAGAAAAUGACCAUAAGGAAGGUUGAAACCAUAGAAAAGGCCAUUAAGAAUGUUCUCAAAUUAUGUCCUGUUUUGUGGAGAUACGAACCUUUGAACAGCUGAAAAAUACAUGUUUUGUGUUACUCAAGCCAAAGGUGACAACUUAUUAAUCUCAUUUUUGUCAGAUUUGGCCAGUGAUAUUUUUUUUUAAAUCUGAGCUUGGCUGUCAGUUUGGGGUUUGUAGGUCUAUUCCUCACAUAGUACAUAGGACCUUGAUAUUAUGGGACUGGAAAUAACUGCCCAGAAGCCAUAGAGUGAACAGACUUAACUACAAAGACUUUGACUGUACCGUCCUGCAGAGUUUACUUUAGGUCCUCAUUCAUUGUAGUAAUUAACAGUAGUCUAGCUUUCAGAGAGCAGGGCUGUAGAGAUCUAGAUUUGUGCACAGUUAAAUCCAGUUGUAAUUAUUUAUU